AUGUCAACCGAAGAAGAGUUCCAAGAAAAGUUAAAAGCAUGUUGCAAAAUGUGCAACUUAUAUUUAGAGGAAGUAAGAGAAGAGAGAAACGUGACGGAUGACAAAUUUAAUACAGUAACGUUCAAGGACACAAUGGUCAAUUUAGGAAAAAUUCUUUCUCAUGACGCCACCAAAUUUACACUUUCUUGUAAACCACCACGUAAACCAAACGAUGCGAUCCGAAUGAUUCAGGAAAUCAGCAACACCGUCUACCGUAUCGUCGGAUUCUAUCACACUAUUCCGGUUUCUGCAGGCAAGACAUACAAGACACAAUAUCGACUCGCAGUGAACGAGCUGAUACAGGGCGUCAUGAGCUUAUGCUCUAAUUUCUUGCCUGAAGAACACAAAGUGUCGUUCAUGGUCCCGACCGCUGCCAUCUGGGACUCGUGUAAGGAACUGGUAAAGUUACCCAAGAACAAUCAAGAAGCUGUCAUCCAUGCCUGGCAUGCACUCGAAGGAACCUUGAAGGAUGCCAAGACGGAGGUGCAUGAGAUUGUUGCUGGUGAGGACAGAUCGGAAGGGUUCGAUGAUAAUGAAGGCUCCGAUGAUGAGACCGAGUUGGGACAAGAAGAACUCGAGGUGGCCAAGACCUGUGCCAAAUUGGUUGAUAUGGCCGUCUUUGUGUUGCAAAAGAUUGAACGCCGUUGUCUACGAAAUAGCGAAUCUGUGACAUGGUUGGAUGAUGUGUAUACGGCUGCGAGUCAAUUAGUUGAUGAGACAGAUCUGCUGGUGUCACAAAUCUAUGAUGAAGAUGCAGCUUAUAUGAAGGAGCAAGUAAAACGAUAUAUUGAGCAUUCAACAUCAUUAGUGAAAAUAGCUAAACAAGAGGCAAAAGGAGAACAUGCAGAUUGGUUUGCCAUGUGUGAAAAUAAAUAUGAGUCGAUGUAA